AUGACGAGUAAUCUUAAUCAAGCAAAUCAUGGCCGUCAAUUCGAUUAUGGUCGUGGGACCCUCUCUAACCAUGGCGGAGUUAUCGAGAUUGGGGGAAAUAUAUACGGGGAUGAUGUUCGUAGUAGUAGAGGUGGUGGUUCAGUGGUUAAAACUUUGCAGCUUUUUGACAUUUUUCCUGCUUCAACUGCCUUGAAAUCCCCAGGGGGGAUGGAGGCAAACGUAGUUUCUCCUUUUACAUCAGAUCAAUGGAAGGAGCUUGAAAGACAAGCUAUGAUCUAUAAGUACAUGGUGGCCUCUGUUUCUGUGCCUCCCGAUCUUCUUUUUCCCAUUUCCAGCCAUUCUCCUGCAGUUGCAGCAGACCCUUAUGCUUCAUUGAAUGGCGGAGGCAUAAUUAACAUGAGAAAUUCGAAAAAUGGAGAUCCUGAGCCCGGAAGGUGCAAGAGAACGGACGGCAAGAAAUGGAGGUGCUCAAAAGAUGUGGCUCCAAACCAGAAAUACUGUGAGCGCCACCUGCAUAGAGGCCGUCCACGUUCAAGAAAGCCUGUGGAAGUCAAAAACAAUUCGUCUUUCAACACCAAUGUACAAGCCACCAGUGCUGCCUCAAACCAGUUUCUAGCAUCAAAAGAGACUUCUCUGAUAUACUAUCCCAAAACUGAUCCAAAUAUUUCUACAGCCUCUUGCAAGGAACCUAACAGGGAUUUGGACUUGAUGAUAGAAGCUGAGAUGGUGGCAAUGCGUUUGGCUAAUCCACAAUGGCAGCAUGUGAUGGACACAGAUAUAGCAAAUGAAGGCCUGAUUUAUAACACUAAUGCAUCUGUUUUUUAUCAAGAUUAUGCGGAAAACCAGUCGUUGAAUAUGUUCUCCUACACAGAUUACCCAGCCCCUGAUCACGUUGUUGAUCAUAGUGGUGGUGAUCAGUGCUAUACAGGAUCAUUUCUCAACCCCGGUUUGGUGUCUUUGGAAAACUCACAGAUAGAGACUGCAAGGGGAUUUAUCGAUGCAUGGUCAAAUAACACUGGCAAUGCUGACUCCUCUGUAUCAUCAGAUCAAGGGAACUUUUCCCCUUCCUCACUCACUUUAACAAUGGCAAUGGCUGCUGGAAAUAUCUUAGAUGAACAAAUGAAGAUCGAAACUGCGAGUGAUAUAGGAGACUAUGAUGACCAUAAGCAUGAAGAUUCAAGUUGGCUAGACCCUGUUUCUUUGAUGCCUUUUGGACAAGGAGGGCCGUUAGCUGAGGCGUUACGGCCUGGAUCAACCACUCUAAAAGGCUUGAAUUCAGCUUCUCCAUAUAACUCAAUCAGCCCCCCGGCAACUACUGUUUCAUCCCCAUCCGGGGUUCUGCAACGAACAUUGUUUUCACAUUCUGAUGGCAGUGUUUGCAACAGUCCAACUCUUGCAGCUCCACGAGGAUUAUCAGAAGCUGUCACAUUCCCAUGGCUAAAUUAG